AUGCCAAUCAAACCUAAUAAUGGCUCCAAUAAUUUUAAGAAACUCUCUUCUAACAAUAUUUCUCCUGGCACUAGCCAUGUUGCUGAUGAUCCCGAUGGCGGAGUUGGCCAUGUUACCACCGAUGAUCCAGAUGGUGGCGGACUUGGCCAUGUUACCACCGAUGAUCCAGAUGGUCAUUCGAGAUCAUCCACAUUGGCCAUUGCUCUUCAAAAGGCUCAAUUGGCAGUGGAUUUGGAAUCUUCUAAUAAUCUUGUGGCUGCACUUCAAGCUUAUAAAGAAACGGUAGAUUUACUUACUCAAGCUAUGAAUAGAUCUGUCUAUCAGCCUGAUCACCCAAGAAUACAGCUUAUUGUGAACAACAAUGGCGACGACGAUGGCGUUAAUAAUAAUAAUAGUGUUAAUGAUGUUAAAAAAGAAACAUUAAAAUUUGAAAAUAAAAAUUUAUCAACAGCUCCAUAUUCAGUUAUGUCUCAUAAAUCAAAUAAUUCAAUAUCAACAAUUAAUUCAUAUAAAUCAACUAGGUCAGAUAUAACUGCACCUGUUUUAAUUUAUGGAAAUGGAACAUACACAACAAAGUCUCUUGUGAAUUCAUGUGACAUUGAUGAUUCAAAUUCAAGUCAUUAUUCUUCUUCUGACAUAGGUUCUGGUUAUGGAGAAACAGACCCUAGCAAUGUUUAUACAACAGGAAAAAAUUUAUCGACUACCACACCAGCUCGUAUUUUUAAACCUCCACCUCCACCAAAAAUGGUUCCUCCAUUUGCUUCAAAAAGUUCAAACACGCACUAUGCUUCCAAUUCUCUUAAUUCUCUUUCAACUUCACCGCCAUCCGAAAGAUUUACAACCGGGUUUCACAUGAAAUCAAUUUCUGAUAAUAUUUCUAUAAGAAAACCUCUGCCCCCAAAUAUUUCAACUUUACCUUCUAUUGUAAAGUCGAAAAAUGACGACAAAUCACAUGAAAACAGUUUUCCUAAUAUUUCAGCUAUGUCAUUACAAAUCAAUGACAACAAUUAUCCAAGAAGGUCAGCAUCAAAUCCUGGAAAGCCCCCCUAUAAAAAUGAUAGUACUAGCUAUCUUAAUGAUCGUUCACAAUUAUUGGCAUCACAAAGUCACACUCAGAUACCAACAAAUCCUUCAACUAUAUGGAUGAAUAAUAUUUAUAGUUUAUCAUCACCAUCAUUAAGCAGUCCGCCACCAUCAUUACCAUCACAUACUGUUGGAGUUCUUAAUAAUGAAACUUCGCCUUUAUCAAAAAGCAAUGAUAUCGGCUAUUCAUCUUGUUUUACAAAUCCAAUACACAACCCAUUAUUUUAUAAAGAUGUUAAAUCCCAAAAUAUUAAUGAAUUUGGGUUAUUAGAAUCUCCACCAAACGACAUACAUUUAAAGCCAUUCUGGUUAAUACGAUUAUUAGAGCAAACCAUAACAACAGGAGGAUAUCUGACUAAAAAAUUAUAUAUCCCGCCUAAUUUAUGGUUGCAAGGACAUUCCAAACUAAAUGCACUAGAAACUAAAAUAUCAAGUUGUGAUGUCGUUUUGAAUUGUAUACUUAGAUUGGAAAGGGUUUCAAUUGACGAUAAUGAGACAUUGAUGAAGGAAUUAGAAAGUAUUGACCCUAUAUUUGAGGGAUUACAAAAUUCGUUAGCAAAAAAGUUGAAUUAUAUAGAGUCUACAAAUGGAAAAAGUUGGCAAAAUUCCAGUUCAUUCAUUAAUAAAUUAUCACGUGGCCUUGAUCGAAUGAAUGUGAGUAAUGCUAUGGAAGAUGGUAAUAGUUAUGCAGGUGUUUUGUUGAGAUUAUUUCAAAAAGUUCGUAUAGUGGAACCUAGUAAUGUCGCAAAUAAAACGUAUAGUUUUUCCAGAACCAACAAAUUCAAUAAAAAUGUUCCUAACAAACUUAACAUUAACACUACUCCUUACAAUAACGUUAUUCCCACAACUAAUAAUAAGGUUAAUAUUGAUUCCUCUGCUGGUAAGAGUAAUAAUGUUAAUAAAUCUCAAGCUAGACCUACUAGUAUAGUAAAGGAUCAUAGUAAAGCGGUAUCUUUAGAUUCUUCUUCAGAAAACGAAUUAAAAAAGUUAUUGGGUACUACUGAUAUUAAUAAGAUAAAUUCAAAAGAUCUGGUGAAAGCAGCUACAGUAAUACAAGCACCUCCAACUCCUAGCACUGCAUCUGCUGCAAUGGUUUUGUUAGCUACAAAAAUUUCUGCUUUAGAGAAUGAAUUAGAAACUGUUGGUAAAGAGAUGGCUGAAAACAUUAAACGUGAAGUAGAUCUGGAAUUCGAAUUAGAUAGUGUUAUAAUAAAAAAAGAAGAAGAAAUACAGGCUGUUACUAAACCAUUAGUUACUAGAAUAAGUCAACUCGAAGCUGAUUUAUUACAAUACAAAAAAUCGUAUUCUUCUACCUUUUCGCUAGACGAUAUCACUUCAAGCACAAGGUCUUCAAGAGAACAUUCUGAUUUUUUUUCUGAAGUUAACUCUCCAAAUAGUGCCUCAACUAGUAUUAAUACAACUCAUAAUUUUAUGUUUUAUGAUAAACUUUUAAAAGAUAACAUCAACGCUAGUAAUGAAAACUAUCAUGAUAUAGAAUCAAUAAAACAAGAAUUAGCAGACAAACAUUUUAAUGAAUUGGAAAAAGUGAAAAAUGAACUUUCCGAACAAUUUAAAAAAAAAGAAGAACGCAUAAAAGUAGAAUUAAAGGAAAGAUUUGAAAUUGAAAAAAAGGAAUUGUUGGGGAAUUAUUACAAUGAAAAAGAAUCAAUUGAUUUUGAAGAAAACCAAAAAUUAAAAGAUCAACUUAAUGAUAAGGAAAAAAUAGAAACAGAAUUCGAUCAACUCAAAUUUGAAUUUGACCAAAUAAAUUUUGAAAAAGAUCAAAUAGUAAUCAAAUUUGAAGGUUUAAAUAAUAAAAUUAAUGAGCUUGAACAUCUAAAUGAAAAUCUAGAAACAUUGCGUGAAGAAAUUGAAUCAUUGAGGAAGAGAAACAAAGAUUUAGAUGAACUUGAGUCAUCUUGUAAUGAAUUAAAAACUAAAAAUGAAGAGUUUCAAGCAAAAAAUACAAAAAUUGCAUCAGAAUUAUUUGAACUUACAAAGGAAUUGGAAAGGAUUGAAGUUGAAAGACAAUUAUUGGAAGGAGAUAUUAAAGACUUGAACGGGGAAAAAUCACAAUUAAUUGAUGAAAAAGAAGAAUUAAUAAAAGUAGUACAAACCUUAGAAGAAGAAAAACUUGCAUUGAAGGGUGAUCUUGUGGAAGCUCAAGGAGCUCAUGAUAAAGUAGCUGACGUUCUUAAAUUUAUGAAGGUUGAAUGGGAAAAUCAGUAUAAAAAUCUUAGGUCUGAAUUUAUUAAAUCAGAAUCACGAAUAAAAAAUCUAGAGAGACAAAGAGAAUUACAAGGUAAAAUGUUGGAUGAACAAGAUAUCAUUAUACCAAACAAUGAGUCAUUGUAUAAAAAUAUAUAUACAUAUAAACAAGAGUUAGAAGUGCUUCAACAACAACUUGAAACUUCAAAUAAAAAAAUUUCCGAGAAAGAUGAUGAACAAUAUAAUCUUAUUCAAACACUCGAAAAAACUGUAAUGGACUGUGAAGCCAAAUUUGAUACAUUAAAAAAAGAUCAUCAGAAAGCAUUAAAUUCAUUACGAAAACAACAUGAAGAUGAAAUAAAAAAUAUUACUACAGAGAUGCAGAAAAAAUUAGAAUUAAUGGAGAAAAAACAAAGAAAUACAUCAUCGAGUAAUGACAAUGGUAAUUUCGAAGAAAAUAAAAGGCAAUUAGAAUUAACAAAAGGUGAAUAUGAUAGAUUAAAUGAAAAAUUAGCACAGAUUCAAAUGGAAUAUUUAGAUGCAGUUCAUAAUAAAGAUCAAUUGAUAGAGGAGAAACAUACAGCCGAAAGAAAAAUCAAAUCUCUAGAAAUAGAACUUGAAAAG